AUGUUUAAAAUAAUUAAAUAUAAAAACAAUAGUAACAAUCAGAAAAUAAUUAAAGAUAUUUUAUUUAAUUUUAAUAACAAAAGAUCAAUAAUAAAUAGUAAUAAUAAAAAAAAUAUAUUAAAUAAUCACGAAAAUAAUAAUUUUAAUUAUAAUAAUAAAAUUAAAAUUAAUAAUUAUUGCACCAAACCAAAUUUUACAUUUACAUCAGUUGGCAACAUUGAAAUCGAUAAUAUAAUUAAAAAAAUCGAAAAUGAACCAAAAGAAGGCCCAUUAUAUAUUUAUAAUCAAUUAGUUAAAGAUAAAAAGAUUAAAGUCGAUCCAUAUCAAAUAUCAACAGUUAAAAUAUUGCAAAACCUAUAUAACCAAUUAAAACACAAAGAUUUUUUUAAAAAUCAAGAAUUUGGAGGUAAUCAAAAUAAUACAGAGAUUUCAUUCUCAAAGUUUUUAAGUUUUUUCAACUCUCCAGCAUCGAAUGACCAUCAAAACAAAUCUAUUACUAAACUAAAUGAAAGCGAAUCAUUUAUUAAAGGAAUUUAUUUAUAUGGGGAUGUAGGGUGCGGAAAAUCAUUUUUAAUGGACUUAUUUUACAACUCAAUAGAUAUCGAAAAAAAGAAAAGAAUUCAUUUCCAUCAUUUCAUGUUGGAUGUGCACAAGAGAAUUCAUAAAUGGAGACAAACAAAGAAACCAGAUGAAGACGAUCCAAUACCACCACUCUCACGUGAACUAGUAAAGGAAUCUUGGUUGUUAUGUUUUGACGAAUUUCAAGUUACAGAUGUUUCAGACGCAAUGAUAUUAAAACGUUUAUUUAGCAAUAUGUUUGAUAUGGGUGCAAUUUUAGUAACUACAUCCAAUAGAGCACCAAGCGAUCUUUAUAAAAAUGGUUUAAAUCGUCAAUUAUUUGUUCCAUUUAUUCACUUCCUUGAAGGAAAAUGCAUUGUUCACAAUUUAAAUAGUGGGGUAGACUAUAGAUUAACUGGUACACGUACAAAAAGAGUAUAUUAUUUAUCAAAUAAACAAGAGGAUGUCCAACAAUUCACCCAUUUAUUCAAGCAGCUUACUAAAGGUGAUCCAUUAGAAUCGACCCAAAUAACCCUUUCAACUGGAAGAAAAGUUCAUAUACCAAGAAGUGCCAAUAGUUGUGCAAUUUUCGAUUUUAAAGAAUUAUGCGACACUGCCAUGGGAGCCGACGACUAUAUUGAAAUUGCAAAAAAUUUCCACACCAUCUUUUUAGAAAACAUCCCAAUGAUGAACGAAUCCACAAAAAAUCAAGCUCGUCGUUUCAUCAUCUUAAUUGAUGUCCUUUACGAACAUAAAGUAAAACUAAUUUGUACUGCCCAAUCCACACCCGGUCAAUUAUUUAUGAGCGAGGGUGGUGAUAAUAGUAAUUCUGAAGUUAGACAAUUAGCUGACGAUCUCACCUUAACUCCAGAACAACUAUCAAGAUUCAAUGGUGAAGAAGAAAGAUUUAUGUUUAGCAGAGCAGUUUCAAGAAUUGUGGAAAUGCAAUCUGACCAAUAUUUAUCAAAUUCUAUAAAUAGAAUUAAUCAUUAA